AUGCACCGCUUGAUGGGGGUCAACAGCACCGCCGCCGCCGCCGCCGCCGCCGGGCAGCCCAAUGUCUCCUGCACGUGCAACUGCAAACGCUCUUUGUUCCAGAGCAUGGAGAUCACGGAGCUGGAGUUCGUUGAGAUCACCAUUAUCGUGGUGGUGGUCAUGGUGAUGGUGGUGGUGAUCACGUGUCUGCUGAGCCACUACAAGCUGUCCGCUCGCUCCUUCAUCAGCCGGCACAGCCAGAGCAGGAGGAGGGAAGACGCCUUGUCCUCGGAAGGAUGCCUCUGGCCCUCAGAGAGCACGGUGUCAGGCAAUGGAAUUCCAGAGCCGCAGGUGUAUGCCCCACCCCGGGCCACCGACCGCCUGGCUGUGCCCGCCUUCGCCCAGCGGGACCGCUUCCACCGCUUCCAGCCCACCUACCCGUACCUGCAGCACGAGAUCGAUCUACCACCCACCAUCUCGCUGUCGGACGGGGAGGAGCCCCCGCCCUACCAGGGCCCCUGCACGCUCCAGCUGCGGGACCCCGAGCAGCAGCUGGAGCUGAACCGGGAGUCGGUGCGUGCACCCCCGAACAGAACCAUCUUCGACAGCGACCUGAUGGAAAGUGCCAUGCUGGGCGGCCCCUGCCCCCCCAGCAGUAACUCGGGCAUCAGCGCCACGUGCUACGGGGGCGGCGGGCGCAUGGAGGGGCCGCCCCCCACCUACAGCGAGGUCAUCGGUCACUACCCCGGCACCUCCACUUUCCAGCACCAGCAGAGCAGUGGGCCGGCCUCCUUGCUGGAGGGCACCCGGCUGCACCCCGCACACAUCGCCCCCCUGGAGAGCACAGCGGCCUGGAGCAAAGAGAAGGAUAAACAGAAGGGACACCCCCUCUAGGAGUCCCGAGGGCGGGCCGGGGCCGCAGUAGGUAAAACCGCAAAUCACUCCGCACUUCUUAAAAGAAAAGAGAGGAGGCCGGGGCGACACACAGAAAAUGCGACGCGUAACCAUCCUCCUCCCCCCCUCCCCCACCUCUCUGUGUAUAAAUAUUUACGUGUUCUGUCUGGUCUGAAUGCACAAGCUAAGAAAGCUUGCAAAAAAAAAAAAAGCAAAAAAAAA